GCAAGAGUGACGGCGCAUGCUCAGUAAUAUUAAUGUGCUAUCAGCGAAGCAGUCUUCAAAUGAGCCAGUCAUGAGGAGGUUGUUGAAGAAAUUAUUGCAGUCUCUACGGAAGGAAACACCUCAAGAUGAGGACGUCGAAAAGGAUAACAAAGACUGAGUGGGUGACGCAAGGAGACAGCCCCCAGGUGUGUGUUUACCUCCAACCGUACAAUAUCCCUCCUCUCUCAUUACCGCUGUCCCCGCAUAUUAA